AUGACGGAUAUUGUUCAGUUUAGCGCAUCUCCAUUGCGGUUUUCUCGGGGCGCUUUCUCGCGGUGCGCGUGGGUGGCAACGUCAACGGGCGCUGUGCGCUGCCCCAGCACUGGGCGACGGCGUCACUGGAGACCUAUCCCAGCUGGACGAACCGGAACACGACUUGGACGGCAGCCGUGCGCGGAGCAGAUCCAUUCACUAAAGUGUGUGCUUGGUGAGGGCUCGGACUCAGAGGGAGCACGUGAAUCCACCAACGAAGGAAACGGGCGGCAAGAGCAGGGCUACGCGGUAGACCAGGGAACGCUGGAGGAGCACAAGAACGCCAGCGUUUCGUUUGGUGGCGCGCGUACCUCCGGGCAGCGUGUUCGAUCUAUCUGUGCCAGUACGCCAGCGCACGAUACUGACGCAAACCUGAUCCGAGACUUUGCCACAGACCGAGCAGUGCGAACGAUCAUCUACUAUCUCACGGAGUUUCGGGACGAGCCAGCGCGGCGUUGGCUGCUGGAUUUUGACGACUAUGGGAAGUGGUUCGGUGGAGCCUCCAUUGGUUCUCGACGUCACGAGCAAGCAUACCAUUUUCUUCGGAACACUGUUGAGUACCUGAGUGGGAUGAUGUCGGCGCCCUCGGAGAUGCACACGAUGGUUGUCGGGACGCGUAUUCGACGCGAGUUCACUUUUACUCUGGAACCGUUUCGCUACGCGCAGCGUAUCAUGGCGGCCCGCGAGUCCAUUGCGGAAGAGUUGCGUCGGGAUCUCGGGUUGGUGAGCGUUGAAAACAGUGAAAUACUCUCCGAACUGGUACAUGAACAGAGUGGUCAGGCGCAUCAGGCCCAGCGUAUUCUAGACCAUGACGAUUUUACGACGGAUGAGUCCCCGCUCCGGUACCACAACUAUCGCUACGUGAAGGCGCUCUUGACGAGAAGAGCGACUGUGCGUUUCCUGAAUCGUCUACGUUUCGAAGGACGUCAUGCUGAACAUGAAUGGUUGAGCAAGUGGCCGCGUUGGGAAGAGGAAAUUGGGGACGGCGACGACUUUAUCCGUUCUCUUUUGCGUCUUGGCAACGUCCGCUGCGAAGGCCAGAAAUUCUUUGUCGAAAACCAUGAUCGAGUCGUCGAACGCGAAGGUGUCGGUGCACGCACCGAAAAGAGCGUCGGUUUCAUGCCGAGCGAUUUCGUGGAUGAGCUCCUGAUUCUACGCUCGUUGUUAGCGCGUGAGUGGCGUUCCCAUCUGGCGCCGGAGAAAAUCAAAGAAGAGCAUUUGACCAUUUUGCGCAGCCACCUGAAGCGGUCCAUGCCCAACUCCGAGUGA